UCUGUGGUUUGGCUUUAAAAGUGGAAAGCUAGCUGUACAUAUCCUUUUUUACUGCCAAUUUACUUUAAGGUUUAUAAUCUUCAAGUCUAUUCUGCUUUAAAUUACUUGGAAGCUGAGCUGCAAGACAAGAAAAGACGUGGUUUAUUAAAAUCACAUUAUAAACAGAUUUUGACCAAGCAUUUCAUAAGAUUACCAGUUUACUCAUGGACAUGGGACUCACAGGACAUUACCUGUAUCUUGCCUUCCUGACAACAACAGUUUUUUUUCUGUCCCCUGGAACAAAAGCAAACUAUACCCAUCUGUGGGCUAACAACACUGUCUGGGAUCCAGUUAUUCAAAACAAAACAGGCAAAAACCAAGAUGAAAACAUUAACACAAACCCUACAACUCCUGAAGUAGACUCUAAAGGUAAUUCUACAAGCACGCCUGAAAUAGCAACACCAUCUCACAUCGUAUCUUUAACUCCUAAAUCUGAACAGGAGAUUUAUACACUUUCUGUUCCCAGGAACAGUUCUCCAACAGUACAGAACAUCGAAAACACAAGCAAAAGUCAUAGCGAAAUUUUCAAAAAGGAUGUCUGUGAGGAAAACAACAAAACGGCCAUGCUAAUUUGCUUCAUUAUAAUUGCAGUGCUUUUUCUUAUCUGUACUCUUUUAUUUCUAUCAACUGUGAUUCUGGCAAACAAAGUCUCAUUUCUCAGACGAUCAAAACAAGCAGGGAAGCGUCAGCCUAGGAGCAAUGGCGAUUUUCUGGCAAGCAGUGGUCUGUGGCCUGCUGAAUCAGACACUUGGAAAAGAGCACAACAGCUUUCAGGACCGAACCUAAUGAUGCAAUCCACUGAAGUGCUCACAGCUACGAGGGCAAGAAAAGAUGAAGAUGGAACUGAAAAGCUUACUAACAGAUGCUUUAAUGGAGAACAACGCAAAGCAGCAAUGUGAACGACUAUGGAGCAAAAAUGAAGUCAGCUUGGUAUUUACUGCCAAAGUGCUGGUCUAGUGGUCUAAAAUGUGACAUGUCAGGCCUUACGAUUUAGAAUGACACAGGUGGGAAGGGGAAAAGUAUGCCUGCUUACUUAUUACUUAAACUGUAUACUUUUGUCUUGACACUGAAUAUUUUAAAAAGCAAAUAAUAAAGCAAGCAAGCAUUUAGGGAAGGUUUGUAAGAUGAGUUGAGGGUGCUGGCCAGUAGAGGUAGAAGGGGAUAAUUAAAUACAUGCUCUCUAUUCAGCAACAGUUGUUAGAUCUUUCCUUGAAUGUAUUUAAACUUGGAGUUUAGAGCCAAGCACAUGCUUCAACAUCUAACAGAAGCUGAAUUCCUAACGUAUAAAGUUGAACUAUGUCAUUUUGAUGGUUCUGUCUUUGCCGGAUGUGGCAGAAUCCAUACCAGCUCAUGUUUCAACACAGCUAAUUUUAGGCUAGAUGUUUUCAUCUUUACAUAUGGCACAGAAAAGAAGGCGUUUUUCUACUAUAAAUGUUAAACCUUUUAAUUUUGUAUAAUAAAUUGAGACUAGUUAAAAUAAAACUGUGACUGUGUAUAUUAAUACUUGUACUUACUUAAUUCUCUUAGAGAACACACUGUAAAGAUCAAUAGGAAAUAGGUCACAACUAAAAUAGAUGAGAUUAACGGCCACACGAGAAGGCUAAUCGUAAAUACAAAGCAUGUCUUACUGUUUAAGUGUAACAUGCAUCUUUUCUAUAAAUGCUUAUUGGAGUAGUAAUAGCAAAUAUCCAAAGUUUGGCUAAUUUUUGGACUUCAAGGAUGCAAAAGUGGCCUCAGAGAUGAUCAGUUUUAUUUUUUGUAUCUACUAAAUUUUUCAGUAAUAUCCAGUGUGACAUGAGAAAAGGAAGAUAUGUGUGUAUGUGUGUGUUGAUUAAGUCUGGAAAACCAAAUGCUUUAGAUAAUUUAACCUUAAAAAAAAUUAGCUUCAAGUAAAAUAAUGACUUAGAUUUAAAUCAAGACUUCCAACUUCAAUUAAAUAUAUUAUAAAAGCUGAUUUGAGAGACUUUCCAACUAUCUACUGAAACUGACACAGAGCAUACUAAUUAAAGACUAGGCCUCAUUCUUAAAAACCUCAUGCCUCAUCGAGCAUUUAUUUUGGGCAACAGGUCAGUUUUUUUCUUUCUUUUUUUGCAAGUAUGACCACAAUCUUACUCUCCUUUCUAGGUUAGUGAUUCUCACCCUACCUGUAUAUUGAAAUCACCUGGAAAGCUUUUAAAAAACACCAAUGCCUAAUUCCUCUCACUUCUGAUUCAAUCUGGAAUGGGUGAAGCUCCAGGCAUUGGUAAUUUUUUUUUGCAAAACUCUCUAGGUGUUACUGCUCUUGGUAAUCAAAUUUACUUCUUGAAAGUUCCGUGUCCCCUAAGAUCUAGGUUACAUUUUAAAAUGAGGGGAAAAAAAUAAAGACAAUUUUAUUAUAAUUUGUCAAAAAAUUCAUUCCCUAAACAAUAAAUCAUAACCAUGUUAUUCCAGCUAAAUGCCAACAAAGUAAAAAGGAAAGCUAAGAAAAUACUCAGGGGUCUGAACUCAGGUGAUCCAGGCUGUAGCGGACUAUGCCAAUCAUAGCGGCAUCAGAUCAUCUCUUAAGGGGUAAAAAAUGGCACAGGAUGGAAAUGAAACUGAGCAAAGCUCCCAUUUCAUGCAAAUUAAAAAUCUGAGAUUAUAUACCAGAACAAAUAGUGAUAACUGCAAAGUGCUCCUUGAAUCAAGUACUAUAAAUAAAUAUUUGCCAGAGGAUGUUGAAACAAAUUAGUAUCAUUUUAAUAAUAGCUAACUAGACAACCACUUUCAUAUUCAACAUACGGGUCAAAUAUUUUCUCACAAAACAGAACAUUUCCACUGGCAGGACUAUUUAAAAUUCAUCACUGCUACUUGGAUAUUAAAAAUUCAUCCUUAGAAUGAUACUAUCCAAUGAGAGCUCAUGAACAUAACGGCAAGUGGUUUCUUUCCAAACUUGACGGGUAUUUAAAGAUGAUAGGUAAGGAAGCCUCGAGUUCAAAUUAAAUAAGUUAUUAUUAAAUAAGCAAAAAAAAAAAAAAAUUUUUUUUUUGAAUUUCUACCCCUGAAUAUUAUGGUUUGCCAGAUUAAUUCAAGGAUUUUUAAACAGUGAUUCAAAAGCUUUGUAGCAGGGGACCUCACACCACCAAGAAAGUUGCACCGGGAGCAGAACCCAUCCUUUGUACCUGGGGUUCUUGCAUGGAGAAGCUCCUAGUCCAGGGGAAGAUUGACAAGAAAGAUCUUCCUCCAGGGCUCACAGAGGGAGAAAGCCUAAGCCUUCUCCUGGAGCUGAAGCCCUGAAUUCAGACUCAGAAUAAACUUCUCUUUGUUAAAGCAAAAAACAAAAACAAAACUUUGUAGCAUUUUGAUUACAUUCUGCUGUAUAUUAUGUCCCCUUUAAGAAACAAAAAAGCAAUUCCUUUCAUAUUAAGUUCUAAGUACCCUGAAGAUAAGAAGUAGGUCUUACCUUCAGGAAGACUGGAAGAGAAGGGAAGUUCCUCAGUAUGAUUCAGGGCAUAUAUGAAAAACCAACAGUCAACAUUAUACUUAAUGGAUAAAGACAGAACUUUCCGCCUGAAAUUGGGAGCAAGACGAUGGUGCGUGCUCUCAGCAUUUCUACUCGAUAUUGCAUUAGAAGUCCUAGCCAGAGCAGUGAGACAAGAAAAAGAAACCAAACGUAUCCACAUUGGAAAAGAAGUAGUAAAACUAGCUCUAUUUGUGGAUGACAUGAUGCUAUAUAUAAAAAGUCCCAAAGAGGCUGCAAGAAAACUUCCAGAGCUAAUAAGGAAUUUAGCAAAGUUACAAGGUACAAGAUCAACAAACAAAAAUCAGAUGGGUUUCUAUACACCAGCAAUGAGAAAUCUGAAAGGGAAAUUAUGGAUAAACAAUUCUAUUUACAAUAGCAUCUUAGAAAAUAAAAUACCCAAGAGCAAAUUUAACCCAGGAUGUGGAAGACUUAUACAAUAGAAAUUACAAAAUGCUGCUGAAAGAAAUUAAAGGAGACUUCAAUAAAUGGAAAGACAUUCCAUGUUCAUCGACUGGAAGACUCAAUAUUAAGUUGCCAAUACUACCCAAACCAAUCUACAGAUUCAAUGUAAUCUCCAUCAAAAAUCCAACAACCUUCUUUACAGAAAUAGAAAAACCAAUCCUCAACUUCACAUGGAAUGGCAAGAGGUCCCUGAAUAGCUAAAGCAAUGUUGAAAGAGAAGAAUAAAAUAGGAGGACUCACACUUCCUGAUUUAAAAAAUGUAAUACAGCUACAGUAAUCAAAACAGCCUAGUACGGGUAUAACAAUAGACAUACAGACCAAGGGAAUAGAAUUAAGAGUCUAGAAAUAAACAUACACGUCUAUAGUCUGACUUUUGACAGGGGUGCUAAAUCCAUUUGAUGGGGAAAGAAGAGUCUCUUCAAUAAAUGCUGCUGGGAAAAUUGGAUUUCCACAUGCAAAAAAAACGAAACAGGAUCCAUGCCUCACACCAUACCCAGAAACAAAUUCAAAGUGGAUUAAGGACCUAAAUGUGCAAACUAAAACCAUAAAAUUCUUAGAAAAAAAUGCAGGGGCAAUGCUGUCGGGCCUAACUUUUAACAAUGUAUUAUCUAAUAACAAAAGCACAAAUGGCAAAAGAGAAAAUAAAUAAAUGGGACCUCAUAAAAAUUAAGAACUUUUGCUCAUCAAAAGACUUUACCACAAAAGUGAAAAGACAAACUACUGACUGGGAGAAUAUUUUUGGAAACCAUGUAUCUGGUAAGAAUCUAAUAACCAAAACAUAUAUAAAAGUUCAAUAAAGUAACAACAGAAAGACAAAUAACCCAAUCAUAAAAUGGGCAAAAGACUUGAAUACACUUCAUCAAAGAGGACAUUCAAAUGAACACCAAACACAUGAAAAGAUUUUCAACGUCAUUAGCCACCAGACAGAUGCAAACCAAAGUCUUGAUGAGAGACUAUUUCACUUCCACUUGGAUGUCUAGGAAACCUUGGUGGUGCAGUGGUUAAGGGCUAUGGCUGCUAACCAAAGUUCGGCAGCUCGAAUCCACAAGGUGCUCCUUAGAUACUCUAUGGGGCAGUUCUACUCUGUCCUAUAGGGUUGCUAUGAGUUGGAAUUGACUCAACGGCAAUGGGUAAGAUGGCUAAGUUUAAAAACAAACAAACAAACAAGAAAAUAACAAAUAUUGGCAAGGAUGUGGGGCAAUUGGGACGCUUAUCCAUUGCUGGUGGGAAUGCAAAAUGGUACAGCUAUUGUGGAAAACAUCAUAGCGGUUCCUCGAAAAAAAAAAAAAAAAAAAGAA